GCUCGCUACGUAAAGUAUUGGCGGAAGACAAUUCAAUAAGGUUGGAUUCAAGUGCGCAUCACAUUCAGUGAAACGUCGUUGUGAGGGCAGUUUCUCCAGCCUUCUUGCCAUUCUCUUACGUAACGCGUAGAGCGACGUCCCGGGGAUGUGUCAGAGAGUAUAGAGGCUCGGAAGGGGGAGAGGCAGUGACAUUAUAGCACUUGUUCGAGCUAUGGGAAAUCUGGGAGAAAGCAGUGUAUAUAAAAGUCUGAAUGGGAAGCAUCAUACUGUCUUGUAGCUCUUAUGGUAUUAAAACACUGGUAGACGCUGGAAACAUAUUCUGAAAAGCCAUGACAUGCCAGCCUGUGAUGGAUUGCCCUGUAACUUUGGUUAUUAAAGCUCCAAAUCAAAAAUAUGAUGACCAAACCAUUAACUGCUUUCUGGACUGGACUGUGGAAAAAUUAAAAUCUCAUCUCUCAAAAGUAUACCCCAGCAAACCGUCAGCCAAGGAUCAAAGACUUGUAUACUCUGGAAAGCUGCUUCUUGAUCAUCUUCUGCUGAAAGAUGUUCUGAGGAAACAAGAUGAAUAUCACAUGGUUCAUUUAGUGUGUGCCUCCAGGACUCCUCCCAGCUCCCCCAAAGCCAGCAAGAGCAGCAAAUCUAUGGGAACUUCAAGCAGCGGCAGAUCUAGUUCUUCAGGAUCAGCCAACCCUGGUUCUACAAGUCAAGACACAUCAUCCACCUACCCUGAUCCCAGACCUGGAGAAAGCAUAAGGCAUCGACAUACUCCGCUAAUGUAUAAUAAUCUAGUUCAUAGCCACCCAUACUCUUACCUAAGACAAGAAUAUGCAUUGAAUCCGCCUCCAGGGCAAGAAGCCCCAUCUAUAUUUCCAGCCUAUUCAGCCUUCACUCCUUUACAGAUGAUGUGGUGGCAGCAGUUGUAUGCACGCCAGUACUAUAUUUAUCAAGCCACUGCCUCAAAUCAGUCCACAUCUAACGGCGAGAAUGCCCAGCCAGUUCCCCGUCCUGUUACCAACUCUGAAAACCCACCUCCCAACCCACCAAGAGCACCUCCUAAUGUAGCACCUGAGAUCAACCCUAAUAUCCAAAUGAAUGCUCAAGGUGGACCUGUCAUGAAUGAAGAAGACAUUAAUCGAGACUGGCUAGACUGGAUUUAUACUGUUUCUCGAGCUGCCAUUCUCCUUAGCAUAGUAUAUUUCUACUCGUCUUUCAGCCGUUUUGUCAUGGUGAUGGGUGCUUUGAUACUUGUGUACAUGCACCAGGCUGGGUGGUUUCCUCUCCUACAAGAUGAAGGUCAGCAGCAUCCAGGGGACAAUGCUGCAGAAGUGAACCCAGACCUUGUUAAUAACAAUGAUCCUCAGGAAUUGGAGCGUCGUAUGGAUGAUGGUUUACAAGAAGUACACAAUAAUGAUGCAGGAGUCAAUGUGGUUGCAAGACAGGGAGUUCUGGCCUCAGCCUGGUCUUUCAUUACCACAUUUUUUACUUCCCUUAUACCAGAGGGACCUCCUCAAGGUGUCAAUUAAGAUAUGAUAUUGCUGCUGUGUGGACAGCAUUGGGCUAUUUGGGAGGAAACCAAUAUUAUACACAGCUGUACAAUGUUAAAAUGAUUUCAUUUUUAUUACAUUUGUCUGCUUCCCCUCAACCUUUUGAUCUUCAAUUAUGAGUAUAUUAAGCACAAUGCAGCCUUUAUUUUUUUCUUUUAUUAAAUAGUUUUCUUUUUAAGAGAGAAAUAGAAGUAAUAGUAUUUGUCUUCCAUCAUUUUGAAUAAUUUGGCAGAAAGAUUGAAGAUGUUUCAUAUGUUCUGGCAAGUAUCGUUUUAAUGAAACCAUUCUAUUUUCUGUAUAACUGUAAAUUAACAUUUGCUGUAUGCUUUUCAAAAUACACAUCGGUGAACAGUAACAGUUAUGGCUAGCAAAGUAUUAGAACUAUCAAAGCAAUUCAGAUCAUUAUGGAUAUCUUCCCUCUGAUAGACCAUUAGUGUCUUAGUAAUACUGACUUCUACUUUUCAAGCAGACCUGUCUUAAUGUACUAAAGUGUACUAUAAUGUUGAACUAAUUGAUAAGAGGGUGCAUGCAUCUGCAGUUGAUUUCAGGGGUUAAAUGCAAACUCUCACGAUUUGAUGGCAAAAUCUGCUCAGAGUACCUGAACCCUGGGCAAGGUAAGGGGCUGAUGCAGCACAGGGAUUGAUUCUCAGCUGUCAGCAUUUGCUGAGCAUCUACAGAUUUCUAGUCUGUAUCAGAGUAGUACAUUUCACUCUUGACAAGGAACUGUAGUUUAGCCUUAUGAACAGGUAGACAAACAAUUUUGGGGGCGGGGAAGUAUUUUUUUUCUUCUAUUUGUGGUGUGUUGAAUGUGCAGAAAAUAAUAGUAAUAAGUUGUAACAAAUAAGAUGGAAAGAUUGUCUUAGACAGCAAUCAUUGCUGCAAGGACUUCUACUAUAAGGAUGUCCAGCUGAUGCUAAAUCAUAGUUUAUCUGGCUCAAAAAUAGCUGAAGUAUUACAUCUUGGUACUUAAAGAUCAUCUUUUCCAGCUGCUCUCUCUGAUCUCUAAUACUAAAAAAAACAGGAAACUACAUUACCAUCAGCAUUAACUUGUAGAUUUUCUAAAAGUUAUGCAUGAAUAUUUCUGAAACGAGGUAUGGAAACAGUCCAUGCUAAAAAGAUGCCAUCCCGUGGUUGUACUAAUUGGACUUAAAUAAUAAGUUGAUGGUGGUCAUGCAACUAUUUAUGAGUGAUUGAUGGUUUUCUUUUGAUUUACCAUUUACAGUGUUAAUUUCUUUGAAUGGCUCUAUUAAAGAAUUUUGAUAACACCUUGAAA